CCUUUAGUUGAUGCACGCUACAAGCUCUGACAUUUUAGUGUGCGUGUCAGUACGAAUGCUCAACUAACAUCUCAUUUUGCUAUUUAAAUGCCUUGAGAGAAUACUUUUCUAACCUUUAAGACACUUAAAAGAUGGCUAACAAGGGAGAGGCCAUUACCACCAGUGAGAGUGUGUCCCACAGUGUGCUGAGCUGGGACCAGGUGAGUCGUCUCAAUGAGGUCCUGACAGAGGUUGUACCUGUGCACGGCCGAGGGAACUUCCCCACUCUGGAGGUGCGACUGAAGGACAUUGUGCAAAUGGUGCGCACGCGGCUGGAGCUAAGGGGAAUCGAAGUGAAAGAUGUCCGCCUGAACGGCUCCACGGCCAGCCAUGUGCUGGUGCAGGACAUUGGCUGGAGCUAUAAGGACCUGGAUGUCAUCUUCAGGGUGGAUCUGCCCCGUGAGUCAGGGUUCCAGCUGGUUAAAGAUGUGGUGCUGGGCACCCUGCUGGACUUCCUCCCUGAUGGGGUGAACAAGGAGAAGAUCACCCCAAUGACCCUGAAGGAGGCUUAUGUUCAGAAGCUGGUCAAAGUGUACACAGAGCAGGAUCGCUGGAGCCUCAUCUCUCUCUCCAACAACAACGGACGAAAUGUGGAGCUUAAGUUUGUGGACUCUAUUCGUCGGCAGUUUGAGUUCAGUGUUGACUCAUUCCAGAUCUUACUUGACACACUGCUCUCCUACUAUAACUCCUCACCCAAGAAACCCCUGUCUCGCCACUUCCACCCCAUCGUGGUGGGUGAGAGUGUGUAUGGGGACUUUGGCGUGGCUCUGGACCACCUCAGGAAUAAGCUGAUCGCUACCAAACGGCCCGAGGAGAUCCGCGGCGGCGGCCUCCUCAAGUACUGCAACCUGCUGGUGCGAGACUUCCGUCCCACGUCGGAGGAGGAGUUCAAGGGCCUGGAGCGCUACAUGUGCUCCCGCUUCUUCAUCGACUUCCCUGACAUCGGUGAGCAGCAGCGCAAGCUCGAGGCCUACCUGCAGAGCCACUUUGUGGGCGAGGAGAAGAGUAAGUACGACUACCUCAUGAUCCUGCGGCGCGUGGUCAACGAGAGCACGGUGUGCCUCAUGGGCCACGAGAGGCGGCAGACCCUCAAUCUCAUCUCGCUGACGGCCUUCAGGGUGUUGGCCGAGCAGAACGCCAUCCCGGAUGCCUCCAGCGUCACCUGCUACUACCAGCCGGCGCCCUACGUCCGAGACCACAACUUCAGCAACUACUACGUGGCCUCGUGUAACCACAACAUUCCAACAUGGCAGCCAUGUAACUGACGCACAACGCGACUCGACAGGCAAGGAGACCGCUGCUUUGAGAGAGACUAAAUAAAGGAGAAAGAUAUGUGCCAAAGAAAAGAGAAAUUAGGCCAUAACCGGUAUUUCCCUCUGUAGGCAUAAAGGAUUAUUUAAAUGGACAAGUGUUUCAUUUUUGUUUCUUCUUUCUCAUUCCUCAGCUACAGAGGUGUUAAGAUCAUUGGAUCCAAAGUGAUAUUUUUUUAAGUGUUAUUUGGAUUAUUUGCCUUUUCUUAGAUUGUAAUGUUUGGUUUUUGUUGCCCCCUUUUCCCUUAAUCUGAGUUUCAAAUGAAUGUCUUUAUUGUAGAAUGAGUUGUAUUUGGUGCCUUACCUCUUAUUUCUCCCUGAUGUGUUAGUACAUUUGGUCCAUCUUUAAAAGAAAGGGAAAAAAACUAUUGAGGAGUUUAUUUUGAUGUUGCUCCUGUGUGUAUUGAAGAAAUGUCGGGAAAAAUAGAAAAAAAGCAGAAAAAAUUCAAAUUGUCUAGUUAAAAACAGUUAAAAAUAUAUUUAAAAAAUGUGACGCUUAAAGUGUAAAAGGUAGUAAUCUGGAGAUUCAUUGGAUGUUUAGUUCAUUGUUUGGCACUAUGGGAUAUACUCUUCAGUCUUUGGAGAAUUUCCUGUUAGUGAGUUGGGGAUUGUUUCUCCUUUAGAAGGCAUCCAAAGUAAAAGGAAGAGCCGCUCAUUUGUUUUAAAUAAGGCAUAAAUAGGAAAAAUUACCUAUGACUGGCCGUCACUAGCACAGUAGUCUUCUAAAGUGCCAGCUGAUUUAAACUCCACUCUGAAUACCAAAGGCAUAGGGCCGCGAUCACUGUUGUCAAACUGAAGAUUUGAUGUCACAUACAAUGGAUUUCUAAAAAUAUUAUGGAUUUUGGAUUACACAAAGAAUGGCUUGGAUUUACCCGACUGUAAAUGCAGGCUUUUCUUUGGAUGUUUUAGUAAAUUAUUUUACAACUCAAUUGUAGGGUAAGUCGGGUAUUUAGUCUACAAACACUAAUAGCUGCUCAACUUCAUUGGAAUUUGUGGAGUUUAGUUUCUUUUGGCUCCCGGUGUGUCUGUGCUGUGUACACUGUGUAGAAAAUAUUUUAUUUUUUCACUGAAUGUUGGUGACCGCCUCCCUCGAUUCUCUGGUGCCAAGUCAUUUCAUUCGGACUGACAACCUCCCUUCUAAUUCUGUUCUGCCUUGUCAUCGUUCAGUCGGACAGAAAUGCGUCUGUACUGCGUAAAGGUUGCAUCUCAGCCGUGUUAAGGGACUCCCUCUCCAUAAUGUCUCAUGUAACAGGUCAAGUAAAUGAAGAAGCCCUAUCCAAGCAUUUUGCCUGUUUGUGGUAAUGCUUGAAAACCGACUAGGAGAGGAAUCCUUUAAUGAGUAUUGAGAGGCACUCCAUUGUGACUGUUUGGGUCUUUAUUAGCCCAUCUAUGGCCAAACGUAUGUUUUGGGGAGUUGUUUUUCCUUCACACCUCAAAUCUUUUUGUAGAUUAUAGACCUAUCAGAUGUUAACGGUCAAUGUGGCACCGUCCUGGGAUGGCAGUUCCAACUAAUGCCGCCGAGGUUGCAAAGGAAGGCCGGCAAAGGGCUCCGCUAAGUGGGGCUCCUUUUAAGGGAAAGGCCAGUCUGUUCUAGGCUCCGGGAAGAGAGGAAAACCUUGUCCUAGCUGUACUGUACUGCCACUGAAUUCAAAGGUCAGGAAGAGGCCUUCCCCUCUUCUGACUGACCCUUAAAAGGAGCUACCCGUGGUUGGGUCCAGAAAUCCUUGGCAGGCCUUCCUUUGCGAUCUUGGCAGGUGCCUGAAAUGGUAUCCCAGUCUGGUGCUGGCCAACCAAUAGCUGCACCAGCAGUCUAUAAUUAAAGUGGGGAGGGUCUGUGGGGGAUAGUGUGUCUGUGUGCCACCUUACAUGUGUGAAGGCUGAAUUACAAUCCUCUCCAAGGGUUGGUGAAGGGGCAUGCGUGAACCCUUUUCUGGUAGGGGUGGGGGGACUGCUGCCUGCCUGGCACAUUCUACCAAAUGUAAAGUGUCUGGAAUUCCCUUCCCAUUUAGAUCCCUUCACGCUUUGAUUUACAUGGCAGAAGUUGCACUUAGAUCUGCUGUAGGUAUCUCGGCUCCCCCAUCCAACUUUAAACCUCCAUUUAGAAAUUUCCCCCACCUGCCUCCAUCUCUCUUUCUACUGACCUGUCAGUUUACAUUUCUAGUCUACUGAGCCAAAUGUUCCCCUUUAAGUAUUUCUGUCCAAGCAAACCCUGGGAACAUCUCUCGCAGACCUAGAAGGCAAUGCGGCUCACACUGAUGGCUGGGCCGCACUCCUGCCCCCUCCUCCCUCGGUUGACUCCCAGACACGUGCCAAUCCUGCUCUUGAACUCCUCCUUGCGUAAGUGCCAGCAGCUGCCUCAUCAUGCCCCCCCCACCCUCCACCCCACUGUGACACUUUCCAGCUGCUGCUGGUGGAACUUGUGCAAGCUAACAUGCACAUACAGAUAACCCAUGUCCUAGGUCUUAUCUAGCCUGUUCACAGGCUGGUUGCUGUGGGAGGUGGGUCAGCAUGGUCUCCACUGGAGCGGGUCACACCCCUGGGUCAGGGCAGGUUGAGCUGGCUCAGCAGCCCAAAUUAACGUGGACACUGCUUUUAACCUGGUUUAGCUUAGCUUCCAUUUAUGUGGUCACAUUUCAGUGUGGACCAAAGUCUGAACCAGCAACUAGCCCUUAAAAGUGCCUUCAAUUUGGAUGGGUUUCUUUUUCUUAAGGGUGGGAGAAUAUAGGGAAAGGGGUUAGAAGUUUGCUAUUUAUUGUGUGCUUUAUUUAAUGGAUGAGAUGUUUUUCCGCCCUCACCAUCAGUACCACACAUUUGUGGGAGAAAAAUUGGUAGCGUCAUUUUGCAUUUAGUAAUUUAAAAAUUAUAAUUAUGGGUUGAGAUGCUGGAAUUGAAUUAUGGAUCAAGCCUUUUUGUAUCCUGGGAAAUGUUAGCUUUUUUCCUAAGCCUGAUCCCAAACAAACCUUCCUGUGAAACCUAGCUGUCUAGUCAUUCCAGUAGUUCUUGUUCACCUUCUGUCUAAAUUUUGUAAAUUUUAAUUUAGACCCCUCCCCUGACUUUCAGCUUAUCCUAACCGCAGUAACACCCACCCAGCAAGAGCACUGAAAGCCAUACAUAACGUCUGAGGUCAAAGGACAUCCCACUCCUGUGGAAGUACUUUAGAGGCUGUCUGUCUUACUCCAAGCCCAGCUAGCGGAGUGUACAUGCACAUAAGCUAUGGAGGAACCUGUAUGUGGGAGGUGAGCUGGUUCUCAGGGAAAUGUGUUGAAGGGCUCUUCUAGACUUGGUGGAUGAGAUGUGAGCUUUUUUCAUCUGAUUCCUAUAGUUGCAAUUUGUGUGUGAGCGACUCUUCAACCAUGGUACUGAUGAGUUACUUUUUUUAGGGGGGGGUGCAUCACUUUUUGAUUCACUUGUUCAUUCAGCUGGAAAGACCUUGUCUCAGCUGAUAAUGUAUUUCUGAUGCAUUUCUAGAGAGGCUGUCAGUCAUUCCCAGAUACUGUGUGUUUGCCUAGUUUAUCACCAUAUGGUGGUGUGAUGAAUCAGUGAAUCUUUGUGCCAGAAUCAGUAGCUCUAUAAAACCCGGAUGGAAGACUUACUGAAUUCUGGUAAAUCCUGUGUCUUCACCAGCUGUCUCUUACCCAGCCUUCAUUUGUCAUGGUUAUUGUAGUCUUUGUCCUGAGAACAUUUGUGCCUUUUAUGAAUGGUGACCAGCAACGUGUUAUGUAUGUUACCCCAGAAAAGGCUGGGUGUGAGAUGCCUUGGCUAUGUGAUAGUAUGUUGGUGGUAUAAGUAUGGAUGUUUUUGGGAAGUGAUGGACCCCUCCCCCCUUAUUUUUUAUUUUUUGUUCAUUUAUUUGUCCCCCUCGGUCUGUUGUAAUUCCAUGUGGUGAUCUACAGUGUUACAUCUUUCCUCUCCUUUUCUCUAAUGUUUAAAGCACCUUUAGCGGUUUUCGGAAAGGGUUUGGGUGUGCUUUUUGGAAAAUGGAGGCCUUUUCGACGCUCUUAUUGCCUAUUUUUGUAUUAAGAGUUGUGGUGUUUGCAGCGUGUGUGUGCGUGUGCGCCAGGAUGCCUGUGUGGAUGUGAGUUAACUAAAGAGUAUGAAUUUCUCACACUAAAUUGAAAUAGUUAAUGCAAAAGGGCUAUGUCAGCUUUCUGAUUAUGAUGACGGAUCAUUAUACUAUUUCAUUUUUCAGCACUUUUACCUCUCAAGUUUUCCAUAGGAUGGAAAUGUAUAUCAGGAAAAUGUGUUUGAAGAGAAAAAUAAAGUAUUGAACCCCA